AUGUCUUGGCCUGCUCUGUACACUCAGCUGGUGGGGGCGAACCGUCACUCCACCAGCCUGGGGAAAAUCUGGCUCUCUGUGCUGUUUAUUUUUCGGGUCAUGGUGCUGGUUGUUGCUGCUGAGAGUGUCUGGGGUGAUGAGCAGUCUGACUUCACCUGUAACACACAACAGCCUGGCUGUGAGAACGUCUGCUAUGAUCAGUUCUUUCCCGUCUCCCACAUCCGUCUCUGGUGUCUUCAACUUGUCUUUGUCUCCACGCCAACGCUCCUGGUUGCCAUGUAUGUGGCCUAUCGGAACCAUAAUGAUAAGAAGAGGCUAUUGCAGGUCAACAAGGGCCAGGAGGUAGAGUUGGAGACUCUGAAGAGACGGAGACUACCGAUCGCUGGCGCUCUCUGGUGGACAUAUGCCUGCAGCCUUGUGUUCAGGCUGCUGUUUGAAGGAGGCUUCAUGUAUGCCUUGUAUGUGGUGUAUGAUGGAUUCCAGAUGCCACGACUGGUGCAGUGUGACCAGUGGCCAUGUCCAAACCUGGUGGACUGUUUCAUCUCACGCCCCACUGAGAAAACCAUCUUCACUGUUUUCAUGGCCACCGCCUCUUCUAUCUGUAUGGUCCUGAACAUGGCUGAACUUGCCUAUCUUGUCGCCAAAGCUAUCACCAGGUAG